CAAUUGGCAACAUUGUCUUAUCCCGCCAUUUUAUUUUGUAUCGCCAUUUCAUUUCUUUUGUGAGAUGGAAAAUUAGUGAAGAAAGUGAGAUAGAAAUAAAAUAUUCUGAUUCUUUUUGAAUUUGUAUUUCUAUUAGGUAUUGCUAUAAAAUUGUACUUAGAGUAAUAAUAUUUUAUUCAGAUGUAUGCAAUGUGUAGUUGAACGAAAAGUGUGAUGAAGGAGUGACACGAACUGCAACAUGUUCACUACUAAUACAGUUCAAGCGGGAACGGUGCCGACUCUGCAGUAUCAAGAGCACCCCACGCAAAAGUCACAAGGCAAAAAUAUAGAAAAUGUACAGCAGAAAAAUGCACAACAAACUCAACAAACCCAACAACAACAGGAAUUUCCUACAUUCUGUUACACCACCAAUGUCAAUAUGAUAGGCAAGAUUGGCACAGGAAGUUCAAGUGGGGGAGGUGCGGUAACAGGAGGUGUCAACAUCACACAGUUGACCACCAGUGAUGACAAGACCUGUUACAUUGCCCAACCAUUUUCCUACAACUAUGCCCUUGUCAAUCAAAUGCAGAUUGCACCGAAUGGAAUACAAAAUGCUAUAUCUAAUAUUAGUUUCAAAUGUGAUGUAUGUGGGCUCAUGUUUGGUCAUCUCACUCUAUUGAAUGCACAUAAAAGAAUACAUGCACAAGAUACUGAUAGUAACAUAACAGUGGUGGCAACAGGAGUGAGCACAGGGAAUGAAGCAAUGCCUCCACAUAUUCAAAUACUCUCAUCAGACCAGAACGAGCAACAACAACAUCAUGUACAUAUCCAAGAUAGUAAACCAGUAAUAAUUGACAAGGUCCAGAAGUGUAUAACAUGUGGAGGACCAAUAACAAAUAACCCCAAAAGAAAAGGGCCAAAGUUAAUAAGAUGUGAGACCUGCAUUGCACAAGAUUCUGUAGAUCAUCAGAGAAAUAACCAAUUGAACGCGACACAAAUAUUUGUGGCGGAGGAGAAUGUAAAGUUUGAGGUGAGCGGCGUGAACACGGUGCAGCCGCCGACAGACCCGCUCGCCAACACGCAGACGACACAACAGCCGCAGCAACAGCAAAAGCCUUUGCCUGGACACCAUCCUGUAAAAAAAAGAAAUUUGGCUUCUGUAACGAAAUGUCAAAAUUGUAAUGGAUCUGGCAUAAUAUUUGUAGGUGGAAAUAAGAAUAAAUUAAAUCAAUCCAAUUCUGACAAACCUUUCCAUUGUAACAUAUGUGGAGGCUCCUUCUCUAGAUACUCUUCACUGUGGUCACAUAAAAAGUUACAUUCUGGUGAGAAGAAUUUCAAAUGUGGAAUAUGUGGUAUUGCUUUUGCAAAAGCAGUUUACCUUAAAAAUCAUUCUAGAAUUCACACUGGAGAAAAACCUUACAGAUGUUCCACAUGUGGAAUGCAGUUUUCACAAUCACCGCAUCUGAAAAAUCACGAAAGAACUCAUUCUGGUGAAAAACCUUAUGUUUGUGAGGUGUGUGAUAAAGGCUUUGCGAGACAUGCGACAUUGUGGAAUCACCGGCGCAUUCACACAGGAGAGAAACCGUACAAAUGUGAGACAUGCGGAUCAGCGUUCAGUCAAGCUGCACAUCUAAAGAAUCAUGCCAAAGUACAUUCCGGCGAAAAGCCCUUCAAAUGCGACAUUUGUACUGCCGCCUUCGCCGAUCGAUUCGCACUCAAGAGACAUAGAGGCAUACAUGACAAAUAUGGACAAACGGCACCAUUACCCUCAAGAGCGCAGCAAAACCAGAUAGACCAGCAACAAUCAAACCAGCAACAGACACAGCAGCAGCAACAACAAAGCAGCGAGCAUCAACAGAACACGCAGCCGGCUGUCGAAGUUGAACACCACGGAGACCAAUCUCUUUGAGCCUAGGACAUGUUGUAGUUUGUUGUUGAAUGCCCACCUAGCAAAAACGACUGAGUCAAUACUUGCAGCACAAUAAUUUAUGAGUAAACCAGAGGUACUUAGAAUAAAUGAUGUUGCGGUAUUUUUCAUUAAAACCGAACACCACAGUUAUGUUUUUACAUUAAUGAAGCUUUACUGUUUUAUGAUAUUCAACCUACAAUCUGUGCCCAGUAGGAUAUAAAUCGAAUGCUGUAUUGUAUAUUUUCGCCAGGAGCAGUUUUAUUUCUUUAGGUGAAAUCAUAAUAAUCAUGUAGAUAUAUGUUUUCAUACAGGUAUCAUAACAACACAGUAGUGUUUUAUUGAUAAUUCAGAUGAUCGUGCGGAAGAUUGUCAAAUUUGAAAAGCACAUUCACGCGGUAUCGUUUGAACAUUUGUACAGUAAAUGGUGCUUGGAAUUUGGAUCUUUCAUCGCGUAAAGAGCAUUGCGCCCGCUCAUAAAUAACUAACUUAGCAAAGGUUUAAAGGUUUAUAACGUGUUGAUAGUGUUCGUCUUCAGUUUAGGGGUCAAAUGUAAAGUAUUUUAAGGCUUUUAUCCCUUAUUUUAUGAUUAAUUUAUAAAAAAACGGUGUUGCUUGUGUGUUAUUUGUACAGAGUUAAUUAAAACCACAAAUUGUUACGAAUUAUGUUUAUGAAUUGUGAUUGAAAAGCAAUGGUGCAUUUAGUAUAAGAUUCCGUUUUUCACUAAGAGAAUAUCAUAAUGAAUCAUAAAUCGUAGCUUAGAAUUAAUAGGGUCAAACAGUGCUCGUAAUAAAGCGAUAAUGAACCAAAAUAAUAAUAUUAUACCAAUGACUUCCGCAUUGACGUAAAUGAUCCGUUGAUUUUUACUUUAUUACUUAAUUUGUUAAUGCCAACCGCAACAUCGAUUUCGCCAACUAUAGUAACAUUGAAAUUAUUUGCGAGACAUUGACUAUGCAAUGUUAUUGACUGUGUAAUCAAGAUUACCAGAAAAAAAAUGUGCUGAGUGAUUAACUGAAUGAAAAAUGGAUAACUUGAACUUCUUGCGAUGUGUAAAUAGUAAAUACAAGAAGGGCGUAGAUAUAGACGCCAACUUGAUUUAGUAUUUUAGCAAGUCCAAUGACAGUGGAUGGGGUGCACUUGCCAAUAUACAUAAAUAUGUACAUUCUAUUUUAGAUAAAAAUAACCAAUACUACUUGUAAAGAAAUCCAUUUUAGCUUGUUGUCUGUUACGGUAUGUAUUUGUGUAUUAUUGUAGUAAGUGCAGCUCAUCCAAUAACUUGCAUUAGAGUAAUGCGUUUUAUAAGUUAGGAUUUUUAACUAUGGACUAUUAUAAAUAUAGCAAAUUAUAUAGACUAGA